UCGCCAAUCUAAAUACUUCUAACAUAAGUUGGACACUCAACUUGAAUUUGACUCUGAUCGAUUUUAGAAAGUAUCGAGUAUCGUUUGUUGACAGGUCCGGGCGAAUAUUGUGCUUCAAGAACGAACGCGUGCGAUUAUAAAUUGUCUAAAUAACAUUGGUGUUGUAGCAGCGACUGACAGUUUCAUCGAAUUUGUUGGAUACAUAAAAAAAAGACUUCACCAUGUCUCUUUAUCCUACACUGGAAGAUUUAAAAGUGGACCAACUAAUGAAGGCUCAAAUACAAGCAGAGUCACAUUAUGUUGUUCCAUCACUAUCAGCUGAACCUGCAAUUCCCACGGCGCCUGCUUAUGACAGUCCUACUGCACCCAGUGCCCCGCUGUAUCCUUCUCUGAGUAACUAUAUGGGACUUGAGUUAAAUGAGGAGACAAUCGCACAAAACAUGCCCGAAUACGUUGUUGCCACACGUCAAAAUGCAAACAAUGUGGCGAUUGCUUCAUCAAUUGGAACAGGUGGUUCGUUAGCGGGGAUGAUUGCUCCCUUAUCGGGACAGUCGGUGGCUUUGCAAAAAGCGCACGUGACAAAUGGCAUCAGAGAAUUGAUACUGUGCAAGGAUGCGGAUGGAAAGGUGGGUGUUAGAGUGCACUCGAUCAACAACGGGAUUUUCGUGUGCCUCGUAAGUCGCGAUUCUCCGGCGUCGAUGGUUGGACUGCGAUUCGGCGAUCAGAUCUUGAGUGUCAAUGACGAAUGUGUUGCCGGAUACUCGAUGGAUCAAGUGCACAAGCUCUUCCGUAACGCGGAUAACAAUAAUAUAAAAGUGGUUGUACGCGACAGACCGUUCGAACGCACUGUGACGAUGCACAAAGAUAGCACGGGCUACGUUGGAUUUCAGUUUAAAAACGGCAAGAUAAUCGCCUUGGUGAAGGAUUCUUCGGCCGCGCGAAACGGACUUCUGACUGAUCAUCAACUACUCGAGAUUAACGGAAAGAACGUAGUUGGCAUGAAAGAUAAGGAUAUCACGACCGAGAUCGAAAACGGCGGAAAUGUCAUCACGGUGACGAUAAUUCCAUCUUACAUCUACGACCACAUGGUGAAAAAGAUGUCCAACAGUUUGCUGAAGAAUUUAAUGGAUCAUUCCGCUCUGGAUCUUUAAAGGCGAACGAACCACAAGAUCGGAGGGUUUACACAUAUGCCAUACAGUCGAUUGCCAAAGGACGAGUGCAUUAUAUUUCUCGUAGAUUUAUAUACUAGUUUAUGAGGAAAGAAAGUGUCAAAUACUCUACAUAUGUGUUGCCGUGUCAAGCACAUUUACAAGAUGCCAAUUGUCUUACUGUCGCAAAUGUGAUACCGUUAAACGUAAAAUCAUUUAUAAUGUAAUGAUAUCGUUGAACGUAAAAAAAAAAAAUCUACGCUUCGUGCAGCUUCGUGUCGAUUGAUAUUUAUACACCGAUCGGCUACCAAUCUACAGAAAGGUGUGAGGCAAAGAUUAUUUUUUUAUAGAGAUCGUAAAAAACAUAUGCAGAAUACUUGUUGAAUUUCACAAGCAAAACGAAACAGUUGCAGUUUAUCCACAAUCUUUUACAAAUUCUUAGAUAUAUUAACACACAAGAUACACACACACACACAAGUAUUUUCUCUUGCCGAUUAUAUCUUUUUGACUUUUUGUUGUUAUUUAUAUAU